AUGUUGCAAAAGACUGCCACUGGUACCUGGCUCCCAGCAUGGGUACCUGAGUCGACGGUGACCCUCUCCAUAUUCUUGAUAUUCUGUUCCAUGGUACAGUCAGCGACUGGUGGAUAUGACGGAUCUAUGCUCAAUGGCCUCAACAUCUUACCAUCAUAUACGGAUUACUUCAAUCUCAAUGCUGCAACCACUGGUCUCAACACUGCUUCCGUCUUUAUUGGCGGUUUCUUUGGCCCCAUAGUCUCUGGAAUCAUCGCCGAUCGUCUCGGUAGACGUCCAGCUGUACUCUGGGGUUCCAUUUUGACCUUGGUUGGUGUCCUACUUCAGACCGCUGCUCAGAACAUUGCAAUGUUCGUUGUUGCUCGCAUUGUUCUUGGUUUUGGCUCAGCCGUUUCUGGUAUCGCAGGCAGCGUCUACUUGGCAGAGACAUACCCAAGCAAAUAUCGUGCAUGGGGAGUUGGGCUGCUGAAUGACUUCUACUACCCUGAAUCUCCACGAUGGCUGAUACACCAAGGCCUCUAUGAGGAGGGACGCAUCGCUGUCGCCCAGACAAAUGCCAACGGAGACCUGAGUGACCCUGUUGUGCUCGCAGUAUUCAAGGAGAUUGUCGACACCUUAAAUUGGGAAAAGGAGAACCUCAUGACCUUCAAAGAAACCAUCAAGAACCCGACUUCGAGAAAACGCCUGCUGAUAGGUAUGUCGCCGGGACCUUUCUCCUGUAUUGCUGGCAAUAUCAUCGCCUCGUACUACCUGGGUCCCGAGCUGGAUACCGCAGGUAUCACGAACUCAAACGACCAACUCAAGGCGAACGUCGUGCUCAACGUCUGGUGCCUGGCAUGUGCUCUCGGAGGGACACACCUCGCCGCGCGCUGGGGUCGCAAGCCUACUGCGAUACUUUCUCAGUGUCUGCUCAUUGUGUGCCUGUUCAUCAUAGGGGGCCUCUCGAAAAUUUACGCCGACAACCCCGACGGAGCGUCUAAAAGUCUCGUCUAUGGAGACGUGGCAGUCAUGUUCUUGUUCCAAGGAUUCUACUCGAUCGCAUGGACACCUUUGCUCUACCUUUACCCGCCCGAGAUCAUGAACUACGCGAUCCGGGCAAAUGGACUUGCCUUUUCGUCCUUCAUGCUGAAUGCUCUGGCGGUCCUCCUUGUGUUCGUCAUGCCCAUCGGCUUGACCAACAUUGGGUGGAAAAUGUACAUAAUCAAUGGCUCAUGGGAUGUUAUAGUUGUGGUCUUGAUCGCGGUCUUUUGGGUCGAGACGAAAGGCCGAACGUUGGAAGAGAUCGAUGCUCUCUUUGAGGGACACAAGCACUCUGAUGUGCCGGAUGUCGAGCUGGUUCGUACAGGCAAAGCAUAUGUCGACGUCGACAAGGUCCAACGCGAGAUCGGAACUGUGGUGGAAACUACAAAACUAGAUUGA